CUACAGAUAAAAAAAAGGCAACGACAUUAAAUUCGAAAAAGAGAUGUCGCCGGUGAACGCUGAUUUUUUCAGCGACUUCAUCUCCAUCGUUUAUAAAUCUAAAGUUGUCGCUGGUUUUCUCUGUCAGCUGUAUUAUGAACCUAUUCUUUUAAUUAUAAAGCAUUUAAACCUCUAUUUUUCUGGUCGCUGUCGCUAAUUGAGCGAUUGAGAAAAGAACAGGCCUUCAACCACUACCCUCAUUUAAAGUCAAAAAGUUGACCACCUAAUAUUCAUCCUAUUUGUUAAUUUCAAAUUUUACGAAACAUUAAUCUGAUUAUUCUCGUGACCAACUAUUCUUCAUACAUCCAUUUAACCAAAUCCAAAGUGGUUAUAAAUAACUGCUAACCAUCAUUGCUCAAUAAAACACACACACACAAAGGGAAAGCCAAACCGGUAUAUUUUCUUUAAACAGGAUAUAUAGAUGAACCAAGAAGAGCACGUAAAGCUUCUGGGCUUAUGGGGAAGUCCUUUUAGCAAAAGAGUAGAGAUGGUCCUAAAACUUAAGGGCAUACCUUAUGAGUACAUUGAAGAAGAUGUUUAUGGAAACAGGAGCCCUAUGCUUCUCAAGUACAACCCUAUACACAAGAAGGUCCCUGUCCUCAUCCACAAUGGUAGAUCGAUAGCCGAAUCAUUGGUGAUUGUCGAAUACAUCGAAGAUACGUGGAAGACAACUCACACGAUCUUGCCUCAAGAUCCUUAUGAACGUGCCAUGGCCCGGUUUUGGGCUAAGUAUGUGGAUGAAAAGGUAAUGUUAGCAGUGAAGAAAGCUUGUUGGGGACCGGAGAGUGAAAGAGAAAAAGAAGUGAAAGAGGCUUAUGAGGGUUUGAAAUGUUUAGAAAAGGAGCUUGGAGAUAAACUUUUUUUCGGAGGAGAGACAAUUGGAUUUGUCGAUAUAGCAGCUGAUUUCAUAGGAUAUUGGUUAGGGAUUUUCCAAGAAGCUUCAGGCGUCACGAUCAUGACCGCGGAGGAGUUUCCAAAACUUCAACGUUGGUCGGAAGAUUUCGUGGGAAAUAACUUUAUUAAGGAAGUCUUGCCCCCUAAGGAGAAGCUCGUGGCUGUUUUGAAGGCCAUGUUUGGAAGUGUUACAUCUAAUUAAACGUAAUAAGACCAUCGUAAUUCAUUGUUUGGUAACAGAAAAAAAUUGAUAUCUAUGUCAUCUUUAUUUUUAUAUUUUCGUCUUCUUUGGUAAAUGUUUUCUUCUAUAUGGUUAUUCUAUAAAUAACACUUUCCAAAAACACAUAAAUCGGAGUUGGACUCAGAGAGUUACUGACAAAAACAAAAAUAAAGGAGAAAACAUGUUUAAUAAAAGAAAUUUUAGCA